AUGAAGUUUCGUUUCCUCUUGACCAUCGUGUCUCACGCACUGCUUACUGCAGCCCUUCCAGAGCCGGGACUCCAUAGUCUAAAACAGCAGUGUUCAAAUUUUGAGCUAUCCUGUUGCUCGGAUUUCAGAAGCUCUGCCGAAGGAACACAAGUUUUUGAGACGUCCGGGUCAAGCACGAAUAUCAUUGGCAAUGCUGUUGCAGUGCUUGGCAACGCUGCUGCGGGGGCUCUACAAGAGCUGACCCCCAUCAGCAUUCUUUCUGGAUGCGCUCCUCUUAUUGGUCGCGCAGAAAUCGAAUGUGUCAAUUACAUCGCGUGCUGUGUACCUGAUGAGAAUCAGAAAGGCCACGGACAAGAUGAGAGCAAGUGCAAAAUUUUGAAGGAUACCAGCGUCCAGAAACAGGGAGGCCUUAUCCCUAUCUGA